CCUUCCCUUCCUCGCUGCCUCCUCCCCUCUUCUCCUCCGUUCCGCGUAUAAAUAUUUGCCGAGCACGCGCCAUCGUUUUUCAUGAGCUCAGCUCAGCUCCUCCUCUUUUUCUAUUGCUUCCUCCCUCCCUCCCUCCCUCCCCUUCCCUUGGGAACGCGCAGGGCAACCGCAACUACAGAGAGACUACUUUACUUGAAGCCCGGCCUCUGCCUCUACUACCUAGUAUAAUAUAUAUAGCGGAGGAGCCAGCCACGGGAUUUUGAUUUGGAUUCGGAGGAGCAGUUAAGCUCAAGCUUGGGGGCAGGGAGGGACGGACGACAAGGCCCGCCCGCCCGCCACCACCAACCAGGGCCAACAAGAAGCGUCUGGAGACGACGGCAAGAGGAAUUGGGGAAAGGCCACGGCCAAAGCAGAGGCAGCCUUCUCCGAUCAUCGACAGCUCCUGAUGUCCUGGGAGCCUCUCGGCUCAUGGAAAAUUCAGACACCAGGCCGGUUCGCCGUGUGAGAUGCCCGAGGUGCCUCUGCGUUCUUGAGGAACCCGGCGCACCCGUCUACCAAUGCGGUGGAUGCGGCACUAGCCUUCGAGCCAAAAACCGCAUCGGCGACACAGCCAAAGGGGCUUCGCCUUCAAGGAGUGAGCGGCUGCCUCCUCAGAGCAGACACUUGGACUCCACUGACGUCGCCAGCACCAGCAGGUCCCUUGAUGCCACCACCAGCAGCAGGCACCGAGCCACCGACGCGACAAGCCGGCAUGAGUUCGUGUCGGCGACGAGGCAUGGUUCCGGUGAUGUUGCCAGCACCAGCAGCACUCCCACUGUUACAAGUAGCAGGCGCCAAGGCACUCCCACGAGAAGCCAAGGCGAGUCCGCCCAUCUUGUUGCGUCGGCGAGGAAGCACGAUUCCGGGGAUGUUGCCAGCACCAGCAGCAGCACUCCAGGUGCCGCAACCAGCAGGCGCCAAGGCGCUGACGCGACGAGCCGUCGCGAGUCCGGUGAUCUCGUGGAUCCUGUUUCUGAGCAAGUGGCGCUGAUGGAGAAGAGGGGACAUAAUCAGAGUGCUGCAGCUCAGGUGGUCUCUUAUAAUUCUGAAGGUCGCAGACAAGGAGAUGCUGGUGGUAGCGCCGAUCGCAGUGCUACUUCGUCUCCCAAAGAGAACAAAAUUGCUACUACUACUUCUGAAGUGAAGGAUGAUGAUACAGAGAAGAGGAUGAAACGCCAGGCUGAAUCACCCGAUGCUGCGAGAAAGAAACAUUCAGGUGAAGCCACAGUGCAGCCGCAGCACAACCAUCGCCAAGAGCUUGCACCGAAAUCAACUCAAGCCCCAUCUCGCCAGCAGGAGGUUCAAGCAGAAAACUUGGGGCCCCUGCGGAAGAAGAUUAUGAAGACGGUGGAUGAGCUGAAAGGCGACCUCUCUGAACUUUUCAGUAAGUCCCCAGAGCUCAUCAAUCCAACGCCACGCGCGCGUCCUCCUCGUCUUCCCAAGCAACAAGGAUACGUGUCUCGCGCGGCCGUGGCCCCAAGCCUCCAUGCCAGAGCUCGUCAUGCAGCAGCAGCAGCUGCUGCUGCUGCCGGCGGCGGCCACCGCCAAGCAGCCGUCGCUCCUCCGCGCGGCUUGCCGUCACGGCGGUACCGCCAGUGCAGAGCCGACCCGUGCGGCCACAACGCGGUGCAGCCAACAAGGUCGUGCCAUCACGGUUGCUGCCGCCACCACGGCAAGCCGGAGUGCCGCAGCUGCCGCGGACACUGCUGCAGGCCCAGAACACAGCAGGAGCCACCAUCAUCAGCGCCGCGGAAGCCACAGGCAGGCAAGCGGCGCCUGCUGCCGCCCCGCAACCACUGCCGGCCGGUCCUCAAGGGCGCGCCCUUCAUCAUCUGCUCCAGCUGCUUCAAGCUUGUCCAGGUGCCCGCCGACUUCGCCGCCGUCUCCACCAAGACGGUGCGCAAGCUGCGGUGCGGCUCCUGCUCGACGGUCCUCUCCUACUCCUACAGGGACCCUGCCAGGAAGAAGGCUUACCUGCAGGACUCCCUCGUCGACCAGCUCAGCGCAGACGACGCUUCCUCCGAGCUGCAGGGCGGCCAAGGCCCGGACCCGUUCGCGCCGUUCGUCGACGGCUUCGGGCUGAGCAGCUACUCGACGGAUGACGGGCAGGCGCUGCACGUCUCGAGGAACACGUCGUUCGACACCAUCGACGGGACCAAAGGCGUGGGCAGGCUGCACCGGCUGAUGGGCUACGGGUCGGCGAGCGAGCUGCUGCGCCACUCCCCUGACCUGUACGAGAGCUUCAGCGAGCGGACGACGCCUGACCUGGGGCACCACGACAGGAAAGGGAAAGGUGUUUGGGUCGACGACAACGACUACGACGUCGAUGACUCGGAUGAGGAGGACGGUGGCGCGCUGAUGAAGAGAUCAGCGGGGAGAGGCUUUGGUUGGCCGCUCCCAGCCACAGGGAUGCCCGGCAAGGGGAUCCCAGCACCGGGAGCCAUCCGGAUCAAGUGAUAGCAGUAGCAGGGUAGGUAUAGCCAGCCUCGUAUAUAUUUUGUUGAGGGAUAGAGGCUUUUGGAAUUGGAUUGCUCCACUUUUUUUUUCUUUUGGGUGUUAGAAUUCUUAUAGGUAUAUAGCUUUACCAUUCAUUUUAGGUGCAGUAUUGGAUUUAUAGGCAGUUUGCUUGUCCAUUUUUUUUCGAGCUUGAAAAUGCUGUGCUAACGAAUUGUAAAUAUCCAGCAUUACGAAUCUCCGAAAGAAUGAGCAUUAAGACAUUGUUUGGGA